AGAUUACGAGAGAUUGCACCACGAUAUGCAACUCAAAACAAGUUACGUCAUGGUAUAUUUUGGCCGUCAGGGAUUGCACCACGAAGUGUAACUCGAAGAAAAAUCUUAUGAUUGGACAAAUAAUAACAAGAACCCCUUUUCCUAUUGGACGUUUGCUUUGCUGGAACUUUUAUUGGAUGUUUAGAUUUAUUGCACCAUCUAUUGUUUAAUCUUAUAUAAAUUUGAGCUUUUAGUUUAGAGAUUUAGAGAAGUUGUAAUUUAGACGCUAGUUUGACGCUGAUGAAGAUAAAGAUAAAGACCAGUCGCCGUUUCUCUCUCUGACGUUCUCCUGCCGCCGCUAAAGUAAAGAUUCAGAAGCAAGGUCGUAAGUUAAAGCCCUGAAUUUUAUUGGUAUUUGUUAAAGUAGAAAGAACUCACGCAAUUUCAUGUUAUACUUAACACUGUCGUUCAACCUCAAGUAUAACAUCUGGUGCCCCGUGUGAGGAAUUGUCGAAGAUAGAGAAGUUGUAAUUUAGACGCUAGUUUGACGCUGAUGAAGAUAAAGAUAAAGACCAGUCGCCGUUUCUCUCUCUGACGUUCUCCUGCCGCCGCUAAAGUAAAGAUUCAGAAGCAAGGUCGUAAGUUAAAGCCCUGAAUUUUAUUGGUAUUUGUUAAAGUAGUAAGAACUCACGCAAUUUCAUGUUAUACUUAACACUGUCGUUCAACCUCAAGUAUAACAUAUGUCUCUUAAACAUUACGUCUACCGUGUCUCUUGAAACUUCAUGGCCUUUGCACAAUUUAAAUUCAAUCUCUUCGAAGGGUUUGAAUAGCUAUCCCAAUUAACACAAGGGAAAAGCAUUUUAAAUCAAACGACGUGAAAUUGGAGAUUUCUCACGGCACACCAGAUAACAUCUCACGGCAGACCAAUGUGACACCGCACAGUGGUUGAAAAAAGGAGUUUUACUUAGUCAAGACUUACUAUUUUUAAAACCAGCGGUUCUCACAUCCCCAUUGGUGUGGUUGCUCUUGUCAAGAGUAGAAUUAUAAAACUUAAUAAAGAAAAAAUAACCAGCACUUGAAUGUGUGGUGUUUUAAAUUUUCCUUAGAAUAACUCCUGACCUCUACCAAAUGUUUUCUUCAUAGUUCUAUCGUAUCCCCUCUAAAGAAGGACCCUCGGUUCCCUGCCCUGAGUACCUGACUCACUCCAGAUAAAAUAAAAGUUAGUCUCCUAUCUUAUAGGGAAUGAGUCUGGUACCCAGGGUAGAUCCUCGGAAGAGAGGGACUGGGGCAAAAUUGUCCAGACUUUUAUAUUUUCUUCAAAAUAGUAUACUGAAUGGGUAGCAAUUGAACUGGUGCCACAGUACCAAGCAAAAUCCGUAUGUUGUUGGUUGCAAUGCCACCAAACAAGGAACGUAGAGCAUAAUUCAAAUUGAGGGGGCUAAAACGCUUUGGGGGCUAAACGUAUUAAAAACCAAGACAAGGGCGAUUUUUUGUAUGGUUUAAAGUACAAUUUUAAAAUUAUUGGGGGGCUUUUUUGCAUCGUUCUACUGAGCAGGUGGAUGUUGCAAGCUAGCAUUUUGCUUCGUUCGCGCUUUCUCUUAUUGCAUCAUUGCAAGCAAUUGCAUGACGUAAUGCUUUAUUUUUACCUCGUACCUACACGUGUAAUGGAGAGAGAGGCUAAUAGAAUCUAAAUACAAGAAUAAAUUGUGUGUGCAGGGAAGAAAGAUUGCAAUUAAUUUGAAAGUUGCGUAUAUAUAAAUGCUGCUCAAGGUUGGUGAUAAACAUAUUCAUAGGAAACUGCGUUUGUUAAGAAGCUAAAGCUAACAGUAUUUUAAAGGUCGCAAUUAACCUAUUGGAAGAGAGAGAGAAGCAUUUAGGCCAUUUCAGCCCGAAUAAGCUCUAAAAGAGUGCAAGAGAAAGUUUUGCCUGUUAGUCAUCGGAAUAAAAGAAUAAGCAUCGUGCAAAAUGGUGAUGAGACGGCAAGGAGGUCUUGGAUUUGGAGUUUUACUCCUUGCGUCGGAAGUUUACCGUACUGGGUUAGGGAACAUUCCUCCUGUAACCCUUGGUUUCCUGGCUUUCAACUGCGCCAUAUACAUGAAGAUUCUCCGGGUUGUCCAGCACGUAAGCGAAGCAUGCGUGAGUUAUAAAUUUGUCUGGAAGAUGAAGCAAUAUCGCAGGCUUUUUUUUGCUUCAUUUUUUCAUCUUGAUGAUAUGCAUCUGUACUUCAACAUGGUUUCGUUCCUUUGGAAAGGAAGAACACUUGAGAGAAAGUAUGGCAGUCGAAAAUUCUGCAUAAUCAUUAUGGUUUUUGCAAUUGUAUCACAGAUCGUUAUGCUAUUCAUCAACCGUAUAUUUUCAGUGUUGCUAUGGGAUCCCUCCUAUCUCACUAGCUGUGCUGCAGGGUUUUCUGCUGUUAUCUUUGGUCUUAAGGUGCUCACAACAGACAACAUGUGGCAUGAAUCUGUGAGAGUUGUUGGGCUCCCGGUCACUGUUCCAGCUCAGUUUGCUUGCUGGGUGGAGUUGGUGCUGAUUCAACUCCUGGUACCAAAUGCCUCAUUUACUGGUCAUCUUGCUGGGAUAUUGACAGGUUUUGCAUACCUGUAUGGUCCUUUGGCCCAUUUGGUUAACAUCAUUGACAAUAUUUUAGGAAAUUUCAUAGGCCAAGAGGCAACAAGAGUGGGUGCUAGCAACAGAAGCACUUCCUAUUCAUACAGAUCUGGUCCAUCAGGGUACCAAAAUAGAUACACAAGAAACCAACAGACAGAAAAUAUUGAUGAAAGGGAGGAAUGGGAACUUAGGGAGGCCAUAAGAAGGAGCUUGGAAGAGAGAAGCUUCACUGGCUCUGAUCCCUAUGCACGAAGGAGCAACUCUGAAGACCAAUCUCGUCCCACAUAUGGUUGGCACAUCCCUGGUGUUUACACUCAAGAGCAUGAUGCAAACAGAAGGAGACCUUGGGGCGUGCAACCUGGUGAAGCCAGCAAUUUACCCUACCCGACUGGGCCACCACCCGGUGAUAAUGAUGGGUCAGGAAGGCUCUACCCAGACCUGCAAAUGUAUCCAGAGGCACCACAUCAAAGCAGGAGCGAACCAACAGCACCUCCUUUAGAGAAUUCUGGUCUAUUUGACGUUGAUUAGUAAAAAUUUUUUAACAGCAACAGGGACACUUUGUAACCACCUAGUUGAGUAAUUAAGCACUUAAAGUAUAAUGGUUUAAUUCAAUCAGAUUAAAUGCUUGCAAGAAAGUUGUCCAAUAUAAUAUGUAGCAUAAAUCUAAUUUGAACAUGGGCACCACUAGGUUGGACAGGCCCCAUGGCAAAAUGCUGUUAAUUUGCACCGAAGAUCCCAAAAAUAUUUUGGAUCAUGCCCUGUUUUUUUUCCUGGAAACACGCUUGCUCUGAAAUUGAAGGCUGAAAUGGGCUUAUUAUGUUGCUUUGUGGCAUGGUUAAAAUGUUCAUCUUUUCUAAAUCUUUCUCAUAAACCGUCCACUUCGGGUUCUGUUUGUACAAAAUAGGUAUGAAUGCAGUGUUACAAAUUAAGACAAAAAAAUUAGUUAAAUAGACAACUUCCUGGCCCUUCUUGUUCAAACUGUUAAUUUUCAAAAACUUUACAAUACCAGUUUAAGAGCUUUUUGAGGCAAAAGUGCUGACAAAAUCACUAAAGUUGAUCUUUUUUAGCAACAUCACUUUUAAUACCUCAAACACAGCUAAGUCAUUCAGUAAGCCAUCAUUUCUUGUUGUGAUGGAUCCACUUUGCUAUCAUCCCCGAGUAAACCAUCAUCCCUGAGUUCAAGAUUGUUGAAAAAAAGUUUUAAACAUAAACAAAACAGAAUAAAAUUCAAAUACUUCAAUACUGGAUUGCAGGCACUUUGGGGCUCUUAUGGAAUGAAGCCUUACCUGGGAUGAUGCAUUAUCAUUAAAAAAGAAAAAAAACACCUUAUUUUGGGGCUGAUCCCACCUAUCAAUGCAACUGAAUUUGAAGCUUUUAUUGUUUUGGAUUUGAUCUUGGAACAAAUUUUUUGAGACUCGCUACAUUUUUGUGGCAAACGUUGCAAAAUAGUAACUGUAAAACUAAUGCUCCUCAUAAUUCCGUACUUUUAUGCAGUUUGAUGAAGUAUUUGAAAAAACUCUCAAAAUAUUAUUAUGCAACUUGUAAUGAAAUCCUCAAAAAUAGAGAUCCUACAUGGUGUUUUCUUGGAUUUGCUAUUUUCAGGCUUGAAAAUUGCAUCGGUUUGUUUGAUAGUUUUCAGUUAAUUAGCACAAACAAUGGUGUGCCUAAACUCAUUUCUUUCUGCAACAGUGUUAUUAAUUGAUUAUUUGCAACAUUUGUGAUUUAUUACUGUAGUAUAUGUAAAACACUUAUUUUUACCAAUAAAGGUUUAUUGCGAAAGGUGGAAGAAUUUUGUCUAGUGGGUUUAUCACCUCUCUGUUUUAACAACUUGGUCUACGUUUCACAUUUAAAAGAAAAUUGCCUUCCCUGGGAAUAUCCCCCAACUUCCUUUCGAAUGUUUUCAAAAAUAACAUAUUUCAUUGUGCCAGUUUUCAUUUUAAUUACGCCCUCUGUGCUCAUUAGGACUCUCAUCUUCACAAGGAAAGUUUGAAAAAUUUCCAUAUUUCCAAAUUUAUUGCCAUAUUGGCGGCUGCAGCCUCCUACACCUACCAAUUUUAUCUCAAUGAAAUUUUAUUCUAGCCAGACCCAUGCACGCCCCCCCCCCCUUAAUCGUUUAGCCUCCGUUGGUAUGCAUAAUUUAGACCAAGUGAUGACUCCCAAAAGUCUUUGUUUCUCAAGGCUUUCUUUAUCUCAGUUUCCUUAAAUAUAAGGUUAUAAAUAUAUUCACAGACCAUCGGACCAAAUAAAUAUAAGUAUGCAAUUGGAGUUCUUGUUCAUCUUGUUCUUGUUCAGAUUUUACUGGCGAUUUCAUAAUCUCGACUUUUAUAUAAUUUGGUUAGAAAUCGUAUACAGUUUUAGCAGAUUGAAGUCAGCAAUGAAAGAUCUUGUGGACGCUGAAAGAUUUUCACAUCUUAUAAAAGAUUUGGUUUCGAAAUCUGGAGAUUAAAGAUUAAUUUUUAGAGAUGUUAAGUAAUCGCUUAAGUUGGCAGUUAUUUCAACAUGCUUAAAUAAUAAAUUGAUCUUAUGUUUGCAAAAACUUUUAUCAAUGUUGUUUA